AUUAUUAUAUUGGUAAUGGCUCGCUGGAAAAGGUUUUGAUAACAAUAUUUCGGGAAAAAACAGACCUAACAGCUAUUACUCACCAUUUAUUUAGCCAAAUGUCAGUAUAAAAAAGUAACUUGUCUUAAUUCCAUGCAGACAUGUUUAACAAACAAACUUGCUAUAAGACUAAGCUUUUUCGUGUUUUCUGAUUUUAUAAAAAGAGCUGCCUGAAAUGUCGUAUUCUGAUAUCUUUAUUUUUACAGCUUUGAUCUGAAAAUACAAGCCUACUUUGUAGGAAGCAUCCAGGAUCAUGACUCACAGUGUAUUGGGAAUAAUUCUAAUCCAGAUUCUGAUAUCAUGUCAGGUCGGAUCAAUCCAAUCAGCUCCUCUCUCCUCCUACUUGGUAUCUUCAUUUACACCUCCUUAUUCUGACUUCAACCUACCAUUCAACCACAUAGCGAUCAGCAGCAUCACUGGAGAUAUCUACAUAGGAGCACGAGAGCGGCUCUACCAACUCGACUCAGACCUGAAUCUCAAAGAGACUGUGAACACUGGAAAGUGUUCUUCUCCGAAUGAAGACCGUGUUAAUGAUAACAAACUCUUAAUUUCUGUGGUAACACCUCAGAACAAUACCCUUGUUAGUUUCGGAGGCUGUGGUGGCAAUUGCCAGACAAGAAACUUGGCUAAUAUAUCCGUUUUUCUGGGAUAUGUAGUUAAUACUGAAGGUGUUCUAGCUCCAGAAGACCUACCUACUGUCGGGGUACUUGCUCAUGUGGGUAAACGUAAUGGAUCAUUUAACUUUUUUAUUGGGGCCAGUGGUGGGCCUUCAGAUAACAGUUUCAUCUCAAAGCUCAAUUUAGAAUACCUCCAAUCACAGCAGCAUGUUCCCAAGAAUAGGCUAUCUGAUGAAUCAGCGAUGUUUAAGCAUCUUAUUUCUUACAAUGAUUAUCUAUACUAUUUCUUAUCGAGAUAUGAGAAAUCUUAUUUAGGACGUAUUUGUCGUGAUUCUCCCGACGUCGACUAUGCAUCUUACACGGAGAUAGAGCUGCAGUGUGGACAUGGUGGGUCUCAGAAUGUUAUUCAAUCAGCUUACAUUGGACCUGCAGGAUCCCAGUUAGCUGAGUCGAUGAAUAUCAACACCACGGAUGACUUAUUGUACGCGGUAUUUUCAUCUACACCUUCGUCUUCUCUUUGUGUGUAUAAGAUGAUCGAUGUCCAGCAGAGGUUCGAAGAUGCCAUCUUAGGGUGUAUUUUAGGGACGGACACCGGCACCGAGAAUAUGUUCAUAGAGGGAAGUGAAUGUAGAAAAUAUACUGCCACACCCCCGGAUUGGUACCAGUGUAGAGGUAUAUUUCCAGAUGGCUACGUAUUGUACAGGUAUGUCAGUGCAACAAAUCCCCUCUCUGCCUCACAUAUCAUCAUCAUCCAUGAUGUGAUUUCAACCUCAGUUGUGACCACCAUAGAAAGACAUCACACUAUGGCAUUCAUAGGAGAUACAGAAGGAAGCCUACAUAAGAUUAACAUAGUGAACAGUUCUUUUGGGUACGUUUAUGAAGAUGUCUCUCUUGGAGGUGGAUCUGUCUUACAAGAGAUGUUCCUUGAUGAAUCAAAGGAGCAACUUACACUUGCUACAAGUUCAGACCGAAACUCGACUCAGAAUCGGGUUGUUACAAUCGAUAUAGUCAGCUGUGGACAGUACCAGACCUGUGAGGAGUGCAUUGGUGAGGAUGGUGGAAAUGAUGGAGAUCCUUACUGUGGAUGGUGUACUCUAGAGGCAAGGUGUACCCGAUACGAAGAAUGUCAUUCCUCUGAUGAAUCUACUCGGUGGCUGUCUUACAAUGCCAUCCAGUGUGUAUCCAUCUCAGAUGUUCAGCCCGAUCAUAGACUACCAUAUCAAAUUACAGAACAAGAGAUCAUCAUUACUGUACAGCAGCUUCCAACCCUCAAAGCUAACCACCAAUACCGGUGUGCAUUCGACUCUUACGUGGUCAGUGCUGUUACAACGUCCGACACAGUAGUUUGUACAACUCCUCCUGUGGACGAAUUGCCUACAAUUCCUGAAGAAGAUGACCAUAAGAACUUGAUUCUUUCCAUUGUCUCAACGGAGACCAUAGUUUACUUCGUAAGCACGGAUUUAAUCCUGUUUGACUGCACCCAUCAUAAAUCUUGUUCGUCUUGUGUCUCGAGUCCAUGGCCAUGUGACUGGUGUGUUUAUGACAACAUGUGUACGCAUGUUAGCAGCUCAUGCCAGGACGGUGAAACAGUGGUGAUUGGAGAAAAUAAUCCCAUAGGGUCUGGAGACAAAGGACAGAUGUACUGUCCUCAGCUGAUUGGUACAUCAGAAACCUUCUUCAUACCAGUGAAUAUUAAUUCAAGUUUCUCACUUGUGGCGAGAAAUAUUCCUACAGAUAAAACAAAGAUCCAGGCAUUCGAUUGCAUUCUUCUUAUCGAUGGAGAUGAGACACGAGUAGAAACUGCAUUCGUCAAUGAAAGUUAUGUUAUGUGUGGGGCUAAAGAGUACAUGUAUGCUGACGACAUCCUUCAGAACAAUGUGAGCGUCUCCGUUCAAUGGAAUUACCAACACUAUAUAGAUGACCCGAAUGAUGCAUAUGUGACCCUGUACAAGUGUUCUGCCAACGGUGGAAGCUGUAGCCGGUGUCUAUCUCCGGAAGCAACACCUUCGUUCCUAAACUGCGGUUGGUGUGGGAACGACUGUAAUGUCAUUGAGAGUGAUGUUUGUCGGAGCAAUCCAUUUUUCAAUCAGAAUGAGACCAACCUUUGUUCAGCACCAGUCAUAACUGACUUUUAUCCCAUAUCAGGUCCAAUUAAUGGCAGUACAAGAUUGGAAAUCAUCGGAACCGACUUAGGAGUGGCAUUUAUUGAUAUACUAGAGGUUACUGUAGGAGAGUUGAUGUGUAGCCUGACUGACAUGGAUUCCUACUAUCAACCAGGGCAGAGUGUAAGUUGCCUAACUGGGGUAUCUCCCGCGGUAACAUCAGGACACAUCGCGAUUAAGAUAUGGUCUGGUAGUGAGACUAGGACCGGAAACAGUAUUGAACGGUUCCACUAUAGGGAUCCCAUGAUCUCGGGGUUUAGCCCCACUGAGGGACAGGCAGCGGGAGGGACCCGGGUCACCAUUGCAGGAAUGUACCUAAACACAGGAAGAAUCAUCGAAGCGAGAUUCGGAGCAGCACAAUGCAACGAAUUGAAGUUCGAAAAUUCGACGAUGACUUGUAUUACAAGCGGCAUAACCAAUACUGAAGAAACCUCUGCAAAAUUGAUCAUGUCAUUUGAUGAAGUGGAAAGAAUGUUUGAGGAUUACAGCUUUACCUACAAAGUAAACCCGGUAAUAAUGAAUAUAGGCACGCACAAAUCCAUUCUGUCAGGAGGCAUUGAUAUCAAAGUAACGGGAGAAAGAUUUGAUCUGAUCCAGGAGCCUAGGGUUCUCGUUACUUCACUCACGACGAAUGCCACCAGAUCCGAGGAGUGCAAUGGAACGGAUACUCUUCUUAUUUGUCCUACUCCAAGUUUCCCUGAUGACGUCAUACCUAACAGAAGAAGACGAGCAGUAAAUGACACAAUAGAGGCAAAUCUGGCCUUUGACUUCGAUGGAUACAUUAUCGAUGGCGGCCUCAUUGAAUACUACUCAGACCCUCUCUAUUACAGCUUUGGUGGAUCAGACAGAAUCUAUGAAAGCGGAAACAGUCGACUUGAGAUCGAAGGAAUGAACCUUAACUUAGCCAGCACGGAAGAUGAUGUCACAGUUUUGAUAGGUCCUGAUGAUGUCUGUGAUGUAGAUGAUCUUGAGACUGAUGUGUUACGAUGUCAGCUACCGGAGAAGAAGCCUCAACCUGGUAACAUCAAUGGAACAGUUGAACCCGGACCUACUCAAGGGUUACCAGCUGUCACGGUAUUCCAUGGAAAUCUGGUAUUCUAUCCUGGCUACGUAGAUUACUCGACGACAACCAUUAACGUUGGUCUCAUUGUCGGUAUUGUACUUGGUGUUGCUGUGUUCGUCAUCAUUGUCCUUGUCGUGGUAGGCGUCAUUCUCUACAGACGAAGUCACCAGAAUAUAAGCAAACAAGUCCGUGAGAUUGAGAUGUUAGAGAAGAAGAUCCAAGGUCGAGUGCAAACAGCUUUUCAUGAACUACAGACUGACAUGUCUGAAGUAGAGGAGCAAAUCGGUCAUCUUGGUGUACCAUUUGCGAAUGCACUGGAUUACUUAAAGAAUAUGCUCUUUGCAGGCUUGGCUAUUCUUCCACCAACCACAGACCCUGAGUAUUUGAACUCUGAUCUUGAGACAGCGAUGAUCAUGUUUUCAAGGCACCUUAGUAAUCCAGACUUCUUGACCAACUACAUCAAACAUAUUGAGGAACAAAGGAAAACGCAGCGAAGAGAUAGGGUCAACAUUGCCUCUCUUAUAACCACCGUAUUGAUUACAGAAGGAAAGUUUGGAUAUUUCACAGAAACUCUCUUCAAGUUGUUGGAAGAAUGCAUCGAGGAAGGUGCAGAGAGCGGAAGAGCUAAAUCGCUCUUUAGGAGGAAUGAGACAAUCGUUGAAAAACUCCUCUCCAACUGGAUAGCAAUCUGCAUGUAUCGAUACCUCAAGCGUCAUGCGGCCGAACCUCUGUACUUGCUUUACCAGUCCAUCAAGAUACAGGUUGAGAAAGGACCGAUUGAUAUCACUACAGGACAGUCUGUCUUCUCAUUGAACUUUGAAUGCCUCUUGGAAGAAGAAGUGGAAUUCAACGAACUGACCUUAUCGGUUGUUGGCAGGGACAAAAUACACCUGUACUACGUCAAGGUUCUUGAUGUUGAUUGCAUGACUCAAGUAAAACAGAAGAUACUGGACGCUGCGUACAGAAACAGCCACAUCGUACAGCAAAACAGGGCUCACGAGAUGGAUCUCCUGUGGUAUCAUCCUGGUGGGGAAGAGAGGGUCUUGAAAGAUCAAGAUGAAUUCAACAAACUUGUAGAGAACUCCAAAGGCGCAUGUUACAUCAAUACAAUCAAGACAUAUGCGGUUCCAGACAGUAGCAGAGUGGCCCUUAUUACCAAGUCAUCCACCAAUGACGCACGGGUAUACGAGCCUGUGACCCCAGGGGUGCAACUCUUCCAACAAUAUGUUGAGGAAACAGGAACCGAUGAUAUUCCCAGCAGAGACUACGUACGAGUCCGUACGAUGGAUGCCAGCGGACAACGACUCAUCCACUUAGUUCCUGAGAACCAAGUUCCUACGGACAGCAGCAGUAAAUACAAGACUAAACUUGAUCGUGAAUUCUUGGCACCUCGUUUGCUUGUCACCAAGAAAACAAUCCAACCGCGCCUUGACGGGUUCCUGACAUGCGUCUUCAUAAAGCCGGCCGAAACACGACGCACCAUCAAGCAUCUCUUUGACUUCUUUGAUAAGAUGGCGGACAAGUACUGCGACGAGAAGCAAGAGGAGAUUGCAGAAGCUUGGAAGAGCAGCAGUCUACCACUGCACUACUGGAUGACCACUUUGACCCACCCAUCUUACGUCUUCGACAUGCGUCAGUCAAGGUCUGCUGAUCAGAGUGUAUCGGUCCUGGCUAACAUGCUGGACAAUGCAUGCAAGAAGAUCCGAUCUGAAAAUACCAAGGAUUCUGCACUCAAUCGAGUACUGUUUUACAAGGAUCUACCUGGAUACAUCGCUACCAUUGGCGAUUACUAUGAGAGCAUUAAAGGACUGACGCAACCAACGGCAGAAGAACUCCAAGAGGAAUUCCAAACCAUAGCAAAUGAUUUUUCUGGUCUGUUCAGUCGAGUAGCAACCCUUAAAAAGUUGUACGACUUCACCGCUAAUGAUGCAGGCUCUCUAUUGGAUUCGGUCACAGAAAAGAUGCCAAACGAGGGAUAGCUGUUAGCAUGUCUCAUCUCGAUCUGCAGAUAUUACUAGUAUAGAUGUUCACGAUAGCAUUUGAGUCAAUAUUGAUUUUAUGAUUUUGUAAUAUUACAAUCAUACUCAGAAAUGUAUUUCAUAACCUACCGUAUUUCACAUAAUAUAAUCAAGCGUUGCAUUUGGGCUCCCCAUUUCUAUUACAUAUGUGAAAAUACCUAAUUAAUACAUUUUUGUACCAGCUAUAUACAUAGGUGGUUUGAAUAUAAAAAAAUAACCGGCUGUUUUCGACUCGCCAUACGGCUGCCGUAGAGCAAAUGUGACUGGGGUAUUAAUCUUGAAACGCUGUGUUUAAUGAUAACAUGUCUUAUUGUAUACAUAUAUAUAGUUUGUUUAAGCGGCGCCAUUAUGUUCAAAUUUAUUUCAAAUAUUAUCAGCGUUGUAUGCCCCCCCCCCAAAAAAAAAAAAAAUGUUGAUUAAUCUAGACGUUUUCGUCUAUCAUGUCAAUACUGCUACAAUAGGUGUAUUACUUUUGGUUUUCAAUUGAACGAACUUGAUUUCUCCAAAAUGUAAUGAAAUUUAUGUUUAGGAUAUUGAUUAUCAUUAUUGUGUGUUCUGUGGUGUAAAAUUAAUUCCCUACUUGGUCUACUCACCGACGCAGGUGCCUCAUGCUUCAAUUUUAUCCGCAAUGUGUCCACAAAAGUCAAAACUCCACUGAAGUUCGGAGCGAAAUUAUCCAGUAGAUAUUUAACUAAAGUUACUAAACAAAGGAGGAAGCGAUCAACUUAAAGCUAGUUCUUCACGCUCUUGUUAACUGGCGGAUGAUCUAUGAAUCGCAGCGAAAGUGAAGUCCAAAGUUAUUGCACAAAUCCCAUGAAAAUGAAACUUGUCGAUGUUAUCUUGUCCGUGAUAAAUAACGAACGAAUAUUUUACCAUGGUACACAAUGAACGAAUGAAAUAAUCCACAUUAUGUGUCCACAGAUGCUAUUCCAGAAUAUGUAACAUCCAAGAUAGAAGUAACGUUAGAACUCCAAAUAUGAAAAUCCAGUAUAUAGUGUGUAAACCACGAGGUUAGUUAUUUACAUGUAUAUCCUACGUCAUGCAAUCAACAAGUUUACUCCUCGAGAUCACGAGAAGAAGUAGGGCAAAUCAAGCCAGACCUUGACUUAAAAUGAUUGGUUGAACCAAAGUUUGUUGACCAUUUACAAAAGCUGUCAUACGUCGGUAGUUCCCCCCCCCCC